ACCACGUCAGUUUUUUUAUCUUGUGAGAAGUAAACUUUCUCAUGUCUGUUUUUCUCCAAACUGAAUUCGCCACUUGCUGCAUUUUAAACUCUUUGGGGAGAGUUUCCCUCCUGCAGUUGUCUUGCCUUGCUUCUCCUCAUCGGUUGCUUUCUAUUUCUGUUUUUUUGGGGAGCUGUGUUAAAGUGCCAGCUGAUGGACUUUGGUAAUGUUUUGUUCUUGAUCAGAUAACUUUAACAUCAGAACUAGAUUAAGCAAAGGAGAUAGAUCCCUUCAGUAGUUUGAUUGCUUGGAAUUGAAGGGGAACAGCCAACAGAAAUCAUGCCAAGCAAGAGCACCAAAACCUCUACAGCAGUCCAGGAGAAAGGCAGAGAGCCCUUGGAGGAUUCCACCAGUGACAUGGAUGUGGACAAAGGAGGUGACGGACAGCCUGGUGAAAUACCUCCACAAGCAGCCUCAAAUGAGGUACUUGAUAAUCGAAGUUUAGAAGAGAUUUUGAGUAGCAUCUCUCCUCCCCCACCACCAGCAAUGACCAAUGAAGCUGGUGCUCCUCGUCUCAUGAUAACUCAUAUUGUAAACCAGAACUUCAAAUCCUAUGCAGGGGAGCAAACUUUGGGACCUUUUCAUAAGCGUUUUUCUUGUAUUAUUGGACCAAAUGGCAGUGGAAAAUCCAAUGUCAUUGAUUCAAUGCUUUUUGUGUUUGGGUAUCGGGCACAAAAAAUCAGAUCCAAAAAGCUAUCUGUGCUGAUCCAUAAUUCUGAUGAACAUACAGACAUCCAGAGUUGUUCUGUGGAAGUCCACUUCCAAAAGAUCAUUGACAAGGAAGGAGAUGAUUAUGAAGUCAUUCCUAACAGCAAUUUCUGCGUAUCUAGAACUGCCUACAGAGAUAACUCUUCUGUCUAUCAUAUCAAUGGAAAGAAAAAGACAUUCAAAGAUGUUGGUAUUCUUCUUCGAAGCCAUGGAAUUGAUCUGGACCAUAACAGAUUCUUAAUUUUACAGGGUGAAGUUGAACAGAUUGCAAUGAUGAAACCAAAAGGCCAGACAGAACAUGAUGAAGGUAUGCUUGAAUACUUAGAAGACCUAAUAGGAUCUGCACGACUAAAAGAUCCUAUCCAAACACUGUGUCGCAGAGUAGAGAUUUUAAAUGAACAGAGAGGAGAAAAGUUAAAUAGAGUUAAAAUGGUGGAAAAAGAAAAGGAUGCCUUAGAAGGGGACAGGAAUAAAGCCAUUGAAUUUCUUUCUUUGGAAAACAAAAUGUUUAAAGAAAAGAAUCAUAUUUGUCAAUACUACAUCUAUGAUCUGCAAAAGCGAAUAAAUGAAAUGGAAAUGCAGAAAGAAAAAAUUCAUGAAGAAACAAAAGAUGUUAAUGAGAAGAGUAGCAAACUUGCAGAUGAAAUGAAAACAAAGAAUAAAGCGUUGAAAGAACUUGAAAAAAAACUCAGUAAAAUUACAAAGUUCGUAGAAGAAAAUAAAGAAAAAUUUACUCAGUUGGAUUUGCAGGAUGUUAAAGUAAGGGAAAAAUUAAAACAUGCCAAAAGUAAGGCUAAAAAACUUCAGAAACAACUUCAAAAGGACAAAGAAAAGGUAGAAGAACUGAAAAGUAUACCUUCCAAUAGUGAAAAAACUAUCAGCGAAGCAACAUCUAAGAAAGAGCUUCUUGAAAAGGAAAAAGAGAAAGAAGAAGAAAAACUAAAGCACGUUAUGGAUAGCCUUAAAAAAGAAACGCAAGGACUUCAAGAAGAGAAAGAGGGCAAAGAGAAAGAGCUUAUGGAGUUUAGCAAAACAGUGAAUGAAGCACGUUCAAAGAUGGAAGUAGCCCAGUCAGAGCUUGAUAUCUAUCUCAGCCGCCAUAAUACUGCGGUAUCUCAGUUAAAUCAGGCAAAGGAUGCUCUAAGGACUACUUCAGAAACUCUUAAGGAAAGGAAGGUCGCUAUCAAAGAGAUGGAUACAAAACUACCCCAAGCUGAACAGGAAUUAAAGGAGAAAGAGAAUGAGCUUGAGAAACUAGGAAGAGAAGAAUCAAAUGCUAAAAAUCUUGUUCGAACUCUACGUCAAAAAGUAGAAGAAGCCAAAAGUUCUUUAGCACUAAAUCGCAGUCGAGGAAAGGUGCUUGAGGCUCUACUGCAGGAGAAGAAAUCUGGAAGAAUUCAUGGAAUAUAUGGAAGACUGGGAGACUUAGGAGCUAUCGAUGAAAAGUAUGAUGUUGCUAUUUCAUCAUCUUGUGGUGCCUUAGAUUACAUUGUUGUUGAUACAAUUGAUACCGCACAGGAAUGUGUGAAUUUCUUAAAGAGAAAAGGAAUUGGCGUUGCCACGUUUAUAGCCUUGGACAAAAUGGCUGUAUGGGAAAAAUACAUGAAAAAAAUUCCAACUCCUGAAAAUGCUCCACGGUUGUUUGAUUUGGUGAAAGUAAAAGAUGAGAAGAUUUGCCAGGCUUUUUACUUCGCAUUACGUGAUACCCUGGUAGCGAGUAACUUGGAACAGGCUACCAGAGUAGCAUUCCAAAAAGAUAAAAGAUGGAGAGUUGUAACACUGCAAGGACAAAUCAUAGAACAGUCAGGAACGAUGACUGGUGGUGGAGGUAAAAUAAUGAAGGGCAGAAUGGGAUCCUCAGUCAUAAUUGAUGUUUCAGAAGAACAGGUUAGUAAAAUGGAAUCUCAACUGCAGAAAGAUUCAAAAAGAGCAAUACAGUAUGAAGAAGAGAAAAUUCAACUUGAAGAAGCCAUAGCAAAACUGCACCAAAAUGUUCGGGAAAUGAGAAAUACUUUAGAAAAGUAUACAGCAAGCAUCCAGAGUUUAUCUGAACAAGAAGUUCAUCUAAAAAUCCAGGUUAAGGAAUUUGAAGCAAAUGUAAUUGCUGCUGCUCCGGACAAAAACAAACAGAAAGAAUUGGAAAAAAUCCUUAAUACUUUUAAAAAAGAUUAUGACUGUGUUGCUGAAAAAGCUGGUAAAGUAGAAAGUGAAGUUAAACGAUUGCAUAAUCUCAUAAUUGAUAUCAACAAUCAUAAACUUAAAGCACAGCAAGACAAACUUGAUAAGAUCAACAAAGAAAUAGAUGAAUGUACUUCAGCUAUUACUAGAGCCCAAGUGGCAGUCAAGACUGCAGACAGAAAUCUGAAAAAAUCUGAGGAGUCUGUACUACGCACUGAGAAGGAAAUUGGAGAUAAUGAGAAAGAAAUUAAAGACUUAACACAAGAGCUGACUACCCUAGAAGAGAAAGCUACUGAAGUUAUGAAUGACUGCAAGCAAGCUGAAGAAGCAUUACCAGAAGUUCAGGAAGAACACCGCAGUUUACUCCAAGAGAUGAAAGCUAUUCAAGAUAAUGAACAUGCACUUCAAAAGGAAGCUCUUAACAUAAGACUUAAGAUUGAACAAAUCGACGGUCAUAUUUCUGCGCACCAGUCAAAGAUUAAAUACUGGCAAAAAGAGAUAUCAAAAUUAUCACUGCACUCCAUAGAAGAUAAGCCACCUGAGGAACUUCCAGUACUAAGUCAAGAAGAGCUUGAGGCUAUCAAAGAUCCAGAUAUUAUCAUUAAUCAGAUAGCUCUCCUGGAAGCCCAGUGUCAUGAAAUGAAACCCAACCUUGGUGCUAUUGCCGAAUACAAGAAGAAGGAAGAGCUGUACUUGAAACGUGUGGCUGAAUUGGAUGACAUCACUAAUGAGAGAGACAACUUCAGACAGGCUUUUGAAGAUCUUAGGAAACAAAGGCUAAAUGAAUUUAUGGCCGGAUUUAAUGUAAUAACAAAUAAACUGAAGGAAAAUUACCAGAUGCUUACUUUGGGAGGAGAUGCUGAAUUAGAACUUGUGGACAGUCUGGAUCCCUUCUCUGAGGGAAUCAUGUUUAGUGUUCGGCCUCCAAAGAAAAGUUGGAAGAAGAUAUUUAACUUAUCAGGAGGAGAGAAGACUCUUAGUUCACUGGCUCUAGUUUUCGCUCUUCACCAUUACAAGCCAACUCCGCUUUAUUUUAUGGAUGAGAUAGAUGCAGCUCUUGACUUCAAAAAUGUAUCUAUUGUAGCAUUCUACAUAUAUGAGCAAACAAAAAAUGCACAAUUUAUCAUCAUCUCACUGCGAAACAACAUGUUUGAGAUUGCAGACAGAUUAAUUGGAAUUUAUAAGACUCACAAUACAACAAAAAGUGUGGCAACAAACCCAAAAGUUAUUGCAUCUAAAGGACUAGCUGAACUUGGCGCUGUUGGGUAUAGUAUAGCUCAAAAAUAGAAGAGGAAUUAAAACUUUUUCCACUGUAUAUUUACAUUCUUAUUGCUGCUGUUUACCUUUUUUCUAAUCUAUUUUUGUGUUUUGAGAUUGAGUUCUAUGAGACUUCUAUUUGAGCUUGUUAAUAAAACUAGCCUCUGAAUAAAAUCCAUUAGAGUCCAUAUAGAUCUUAAUUACAUGAACUGAUUAAAAAAGAGCUAUUUUUCAAAUUAUGUAUCUACCUGCAUUUUAAUAUUCCAUUGCAAGGCUUCAUGCCAAUACUUGGGUUCUGCAUGUAGCUUUGUCUGUUUUUUACUAUAUAUAUAUAU